AUGGGGGGUGGUACACGGUGGGGGUUGGUACACCAUCGAACUGAUUCGGGGCAGCAUUUGGUACGUGUGCAGAAUCUUGGUAAUGUUGGAGGUUUCCAAGCCUUGUUGAACGAGAACGUUGAGGAGGCAUUGGAGUCGCGGGACGCAGAUGGACGUGGCGUCUUGCAUUGGUGUGCAGAGUUGAACAGACCCGAGGAGCUGCUGCUGUGCGUAGCAGCUGGCAUGCCGGCUGACGAAGCCGAUGAAGACGGCUGGACUCCACUUCACGUCGGCACCGCCCACAAUCAUUCUGCCUGCGUGGAGUUAUUGCUGAAACACGGCUCCGACCCACUGAAGAAGGUAGCUGGAAGUUUGAACAACUCGCUGCACAUCGCCGCCAGCAGAGGAUAUGUCGAAUGCCUCAGACUCAUCCUGCAGGCGAUUACCACCCAAGAUGUAUCCACUCAAGGUGUAUCCACUCAAGGUGUACAGGAGGUGAACGGACCAGGACCGGUUGAUAUCCCGAACGCCUACGGACAGACGCCUCUAAUGCGAGCCGUAGUUGCGCAACACUCGGUCGUUGCCAGAAUUCUUAUUGAAACCGGAGCGAACACGAAGACCAGGCUAGAAAGAACCAACGAAUGCUUACUUCAUGUUGCUGUUGGCAACGGAGAUGUGGAAACCUGCAAAGUGCUCCUUGAAGCCGACCCCACCUUGGCGGACUUGUCCGACAACGUAUGUCAACCACCCCCUCCCUCCCUCCCUCCCUUCACUUACUUCUACUAG